GCUGUGCUCGCCAAUUACUCAAUGCAGGCGGUACAAUGUGUUGCCUACGUAUAAAACUCGUAAGGAGAUUCGAUCGUGGUAAAUAUCGAUGUGAUUGAGCACCGUAACGCAAAGUUAUAGCGCAAAACGUGAGGUUCCCGUAGUCAAAACAGCCAAGAUGGCGCCUCUCAGUUAGCAGACGACAUCCCUUUUGGGUGUCGUCUGCUGAGUAUGCGUCGGCUUUUAUAGGGUAACACCCUGUAGUUGAAAUGAUGCAGUUUUAAAUGGUAUGAUCUGUUAUGGAUUUAUGCCUCCAUUGUCGCUGUCAGAGCCGUCGCUAGGCGAGUUUGUGCCCAGCAUAGGGGUAAACGUGAACCCCACCCCUUUCUUUUCUUUUUUUUUUCGCUCGUGCGCUUGAAAGUGCGUAUAAUGUGCACGGUGAACGACGCAGCUCUUCCGCGUUUCUCACACGUCUGUUUUACUGGCGCAGAUGACAGACACUGACCUUCGUGUUUCUAACAAAAGCGGGUUCCUAUCGGAUUACUACGACUACCUGCUUAGUACUUUUCCCUGUGUGGAAUUCCUCUCGUCGUCAGAUUCUCCGCUUCUCCAAAGACUAAUCGGCCUCCAAGUCGUCUUUCAAAACGAGCACUGCGAUAUUGCUGCACCGUGCACAGGAAGCAAGGAGGAAAGCUGCUGGAUAUUUUCUGACUUGACACCAUGGAACAGAGUGCUCUUCGCGAUAAGAAUUCAACUCGUCGCAAGCACACCGAGCCAGCUUACGCUGUGCUCUAUGGCAGGAAGAUAUUCAGAGUCAUUUGACGAAAGCAUCGUUCUUGAAGCUUGUGUCUUGGUUCACUGGCUUUUGAAAUGGCAUCACUGCAUCAGUGAGGUGCACUUAAAUAGUUAUUACUACGCGACAUCUCAAUUCGCGUGCCUAUUUCACGACUCGCUUUAUCUGAGCACAGCCGUAAGACGCCUAGUGAUAUCGUGUGUGUCGGACAGAGUCUAUGGGGGGGAUCUCUUAGCCGCUGCGUUGGGUGCUAUGGAUACACUUGAGCAACUAGAAUUGCGGGAAGUCUCUCUGGACAGCAAAGCAUUGAAUGAAAUCGGACACAAGAUAGGCGCGAGAAACACGAUCACGAGAUUAACAUUUUUUGGAAAUGCCGAACGUCCGCAAUCGAGCGCGGCGCUCUUGGACGGCCUCAAAUUUUGCACCGCGCUCAAAUUUCUGAAAUUGUGCGUCAUGUACAUCGGCAGCGAUUCUGCGCGUUGUAUCGAGGCAAUAUUUGAGCGCAACAAAGCGCUAGAAAAGGUUGCCUUUUGGAAUGUGAGCUUUACGUGCAACGCGUUUCAGGUCGUCGCUGCAUCUUUAAGAACGCUCGUACAAUUAAAGAGACUGGAGUUUGUCAGCUGCGUUUUGCAGCCGACAGGAAUACCUCUGCUCGCAGAAGCCAUCGAGCACGGAAGGCAAAUAAGGUCGCUUCGUCUCGAAGCUUGCAGGUUAGGCGACAGCGAUGCUCAUAAUGCGUUAAUCCUACCCCCGCUUGCUAGUGCUGCUAUGAAUUCGAGCUUACAGGAACUUUGCUUUUCAAAUAUUUCCGUGAGCGACGAAGGAGCGCGCGUCUUGGCAAGAUAUCUGAGCUCGAGCUGCAGCUUACAAAAGUUAUUCCUUAAAGCUAACGCCCUAACUGUUCGAGGGGUGAUCGAGCUGCUCGAAGGAAUUAAUUGCAGCACAUCUGACGCGACAUAUCAUCUUGGACACGUGGCGACAAACGAUAACGAGGCGGACCUUAUACGUCGGGCACUACAGAAAACGGGCGCAGGCAAUAGGGUGCAGCUAACGUACAGCGCCGUUGGGUAUCUCCAUUUGAGUCGGGCCUUAAAAACAAAUUCUACUAAGGUGACAAAAUUAUUGUUAGAAGACAACCUAUAUCUGACGUCGAGACACCUGGAAGAACUCUUCGAAGCCGUCGGCCACAAUGUGCACAUCACGCAGCUCAUCGUGAAAUCGGGGCAACUUAAUCUCGGGGUCGCAAAUACACUAAGCCACGCACUCUCUGUGAAUAAGGCUUUGAAGUCGUUAGAAUUAGGUGUCGAAGUACAUCCGCUGUGCCAAAUAAUUUUAUUCAAAAGCCUAGCCAAAAAUACGUCCUUAUCGAAACUCGUAAUCAAACGUUGCAGAUUUGACGAGUCAUCUGUGGAAGCUUUCGUUGAAAUGCUGAAGAGGAACGAGACUUUAAAUCACUUCUCAAAGUUCAGCGGAACAUUUCGUCUAGUUGAGAAGCUUUCGUUUCAGGUUUCGCAAAACUACACCUUACUGAAACUGAACUUCGACCUCGAAUGCAUCAAAACGAAAGCUACGUUUGCGGUCGAAGAUACGCUUCGUCGCAACCAGACAGUAUUGAAUUUAGCGGUAAAGUUUGCGUUGAGGCUGUCACGCGGCAGGACGUCAGCCCUGUCUUUCGAAAAGCUACUCGUGAGCAGUGCCUUUGUAGAGCACCUUGCAAAGGUCGGAGGGUUUUCAAAGUGCCAGGCAGAGAACUGCAUCAGGUCAGCGUUGCAUUACGUUACAGUAAACUAUUUAGUCCUGACUAGAGUAGUCAACGGUAGGCUGGAAUGCUUCGACAACGGUGGAGACGCUCUGCAAAUUGACCAGCUCAACCAAGAGUGCCUUUAUCAAAUAUUCAGCUACCUCAAGGUGUCCGACGUGGUUGGAGCAGAUGAUACAGUAGUUGAAAAUACGGCAUGAAUCGCAGUUAUUGCACGAUUGCUCACUAAAGGGAAUGCAAUUCUAGAAUUUGUGUGUUAGCGAAACGCUUGUCCGACAACGUUUAUAUUUGUUCCGGUGGAUUUUGACAGCAUUAUGAAGGACGUAUUGGCAUGUUCUACUUUGUAGUGGUAAAAAAAAUUCUCUGACCAAUCUGCAUACUUCAAAUUUGAGACUCUGUAUAUUUUUUGAUUUGAAAAUCCUCUUUGGCACCUUUCUUCAGUGGUGUCAUGUACAAAGUCCUCUUGCAUUCAUCGCGUGAAAUCUAACGGCAUGACGUACCAUUUACACACAAGUAUUUACACACACAUUUACACAAGUAUUUACAGUAUUUACACACAUUCUUACAAGUUUUUAAACGUUGUAGCCAUGUCAAUCUGCAACACAAAAAUUUUAUGUCAUAGAAACGGCGGACUGAGAGUUGUACUUUCUUCAUAAGGGUGUGCAACAGAGAUAAAGGUGACUGAAUGCUGUUUUCAGAUGUGAUUAAACCUAGUCAGCAAGCUUUGUUUUGGAUUGGUGGCUUGAUUGCAUGCCAGAACAGAAACCGUAAGCGCUCUAGUGGUGUAGCCAGGAGGGGUGUAGGAAAAAAUGGUCCCGGAAAGAACGGUCCUGUGCCUCCAGCGGUACAUAAAGAAAACUGGACUAUAACAAAUGAACUAUAACAAGUAAUGGAAUGUUCAAGUGCUUUACAAAUAAAGGAUAUUGUUGAAUAAUCUUGG